AUGAGUUGGUCCCAAGUGUCUGGAAAAGACGUCCACGGACGUGUUCUUGCGACUGAAGUACUGAAACUUGAAGGCGGGAAGAUGUUGCCGACCAUUGAAUUGAGCAAGGACCUCGGCCAGGUUUGGAGGGAGCUUAUGCUCGCACUAUGCGAGCUCUUCACGCAUGAGAUCACUCCAACUUUCAGGGCAACGAAAGCAUGGAUGCCUGCGCCACGAUCCGGCACGGAACGACCACUCCGUCCACUGGUCUUGGUUGCGGAGACACUCCGUCGCGACCGAAUGGAACGCUAA